CCGCUGCACAGACGCCACGAUAUUACAGCGACCAGUCGCUCGCUCGCCGGGCAGGAGUAGCCGUUGCGCCAGCGGCAGCAGGCAAUGGAAGCGGAGAACGCGGGCAGCUAUUCCCUUCAGCAAGCUCAAGCUUUUUAUACAUUUCCAUUCCCACACAUGAUGGCCGAAGCUCCCCACGUGGAAGCGGCGGAUGCACAGCCCCCGCCCGCGGAAGUCCCAGAGCUGGCCCCCGCUCAGGAACCUGCACAAGAGCCUCCAAAAGGAAGGAAAAGAAAACCCAGAACAACACAACCAAAAAAACCAGUGGAACCCAAAAAACCUGCCGAGGCCAAAAAACCUGCCGAGGCCAAAAAAUCUGCCAAGUCCACAAAAUCAAAAGAAAAGCAAGAAAAAAUUACAGACACAUUUAAAGUGAAGAGAAAAGUUGACCGUUUUAAUGGUGUUUCAGAAGCCGAACUUUUGACCAAGACACUCCCAGACAUUUUGACCUUCAAUCUGGAUAUUGUGAUUAUUGGCAUAAACCCAGGACUGAUGGCUGCUUACAAAGGACAUCAUUACCCUGGACCUGGAAACCAUUUUUGGAAGUGUCUGUUUAUGUCAGGACUGAGUGAGGUCCAACUGAACCAUAUGGAUGAUCACACUUUACCAGGGAAGUAUGGUAUUGGAUUUACCAAUAUGGUGGAAAGAACAACACCAGGCAGCAAGGAUCUUUCCAGUAAAGAAUUUCGUGAAGGAGGACGUAUUCUAGUGCAGAAAUUACAGAAAUAUCAGCCACGAAUAGCAGUGUUUAAUGGAAAAUGUAUUUAUGAAAUUUUUAGUAAAGAAGUUUUUGGAGUAAAGGUUAAGAACUUAGAAUUUGGACUGCAACCCCAUAAGAUCCCAGACACAGAAACUCUCUGCUAUGUGAUGCCGUCAUCCAGUGCAAGAUGUGCCCAGUUUCCUCGCGCCCAGGACAAAGUUCAUUACUACAUUAAGCUGAAAGACUUAAGAGAUCAGUUGAAAGGCAUUGAACGAAACACAGACGUUCAAGAGGUUCAAUAUACAUUUGACCUACAGCUUGCCCAAGAGGAUGCAAAGAAGAUGGCUGUUAAGGAAGAAAAAUAUGAUCCGGGUUAUGAAGCAGCAUAUGGUGGUGCUUAUGGCGCAGACCCGGGCAGCAGUGAGCCUUGCGGCUUCUCUUCAAAUGGGCUAACAGCUGACAGUGGAGAGUCAGCUUUCAGUGAUGUUCCCAAUGGGCAGUGGAUGAGCCAGUCGUUUCCAGACCAGCUUCCCUCCUUCACGACUCGUUGUGGGACGCAAGAACAGGAGGAAGGAACCCAUGCUUAAGAACGGUGCUUCUCGGCUCUGCUCCAAUGCUGCAGUUUUAAUGCAGUUGUCAAGAAGUGGCCCUCAGUUUGCUAACUGAAGUGUUUUAGUAGUGUUUUCCUCUGGUGAUGUAAUCAUAGUACAGUUGUGUGGUAGAAUCAACUGUAUGAACCUAAGUAGUUUGAAAGAAAAAUUUAGGGGUUUUUUGUACGAAUAUGAGUUUUUGUAUUUGAGUUAACCAUCAUUCCAGCAUUUUAUAAAGCCUUUUUCAUUUAUGAAGAUAUUGAUUUUUUGGGGGGGAGUCACUUUUAAUCUGUAAUUUUAAAAUGCAACAGUCUGAAUAUUUAUAUUUGAUUAGUAACUGUGCAUAAACCUAGGUUCACCAUUAUCCCUGUUAUGCCUGAGAAGGGCAUGCUAAUGAUAAGAAUGACCGCUGGUAGGAGGCGAUGUGUUGAUCUUCAUGUGCAUCAAGCCUCAGUGGAGUCCUGUUCACCGUCAGACCUCUUCACCACCGGUGGUUGUUUGUGAGGGUUGCUUACUAGUACAGACGUAGAAUGUGGCCUUCCAGCAGCAAGGCUAACCUGGCCUUACCUGACGGGGCACUGAACCCCAGCUUUGGCAGCCCUCACCCCUGUGUGUUCAGCUUCUAAUAGAAACUAUUCUGCUGGGAUGGUGGGCUCCAGAGAAUGCAGUAGACCUUUUAAAUUCUGUUACUUCAUCUGUGUUUUACUUGAAAGACAUACAUUUGAUAGAGAAGGAACUGAAUUUCUCUUUCAGUAUCUACUACCGUAUGAAUUUUAUCCUCCUUGGCUUUAAGGAUGUAACAUGGAAAGUGAUGAGAAAUGAACUUUCAGGCUGAGCAACAAGAUGCUGGAGGUGUUUGAUAAUCUUAUUUAAAUCGGUGCUUUAUGUACAUGAGAUGUACUAAUAUAAAUAAGGCAGAAUUUUUCUUGCUAGUUUAAUAAGCUAGUAAUUUUUAAAAUUAUUUCUCUACAUCAUUACUCUGGUUACUGUGUACUAAGUUAACCUUAUGGCAAGGUUACUUUGAAGUAAUGUACCUUUGUGAUUUUCUAAUGUAUUUUCCAAGGUGCUACAAAUAGCCCAGACUGCUAGGCCUGGCAGAUACAAAGCUGGGUAUUUGGAAAUGCCAUUUGCGUUUACUCCUGAUCACUUAUACCCAAGGAGCAUGCUUCUCAAUAGGAACAUAUUUAUCAGGUGUUUUUUGUUUUCUAAAAGAUUAUUACAUGACCUGUUUUUUUUUAUAACGAGAGAAACAGAUCC